AUGUCUAAUGAUGUCAAAGAGAAACCCAAAAGUUUUGACAACACGGCGGGUGAUCCAGCCGCUACACCCGAGAUCUAUUUUGACGCCGAGAUGUCGUUACCAUCAUCAAGGGUAGAUGAUUCACUGGAUGAGAAACGCCAAAUCGAUGAAGACGAUGAUAUUCGUGUUGUCAAUGAGCUAGCGAGUAUGGAUGAUGAUACAACUUUGCCAUGUUUUACAUUGCGUGCCAUUGUGAUUGGAUCAUUGCUUGCUUGCCUUAGUGCAUCCGUGUAUCAGCUCAUGUUAUUCAAACCCGUGGGGUUACCGCUUUCCAAUACCUUCAUGCUCAUGGUAGCUUAUGCAGUGGGCAAUGCAUGGGCACAUUAUCUGCCACGUAUCGAUUGGCUAAAUCCUGGCCCCUUCAACGUCAAAGAACAUACGUGUAUCUAUGUGAUGGUGUCGGCUGCCAAUACCUCUGCCUAUGCGACGUUUAUCUUAUCGGCACAACAACUCUAUUAUGAGAAUCCACCCUCUCCAGCGGGAUCCAUCUUUUUGCUGUUUGCGACACAAAUUGUGGGCUAUGGCAUUGCAGGCCAAUUGAGACCCUUUUUGGUCUAUCCACCCAAUAUGAUUUGGCCUACAACUCUGCCAACAGUGUCAUUGUUACGUACGCUCAACUCAAGUAAAGCCGAAGCUCGGUGGCGUACAAGGUUUUUCUUUAUGAUCUUUGCUGGCAUGUUUGUCUAUGAAUUCAUCCCACAAUACAUGUUUCCAUUGCUUGGUGGCAUAUCCAUUUUAUGCCUUGCUGUGCCUGGUUCCGAGUGGGUACAGCGUCUUUUUGGUGGUCUCGCCGUCAACGAAGGUUUGGGUAUCAUGCAGAUCAGCUUUGAUUGGAACUAUCUAUCGUCAUUGAAUCCCUUGGUAUUGCCACUAUGGGUGCAGCUCAACGUUUUUGGCGGUAUUCUUUUAUUGUGGUUGAUUUAUCCAUUGAUCUAUUACUUUAAUGUGUGGGAUGCACAAAAGUUCCCUUUCCUUUCGAAUUCGAUCUUCCUUUAUAAUGAGACUACUGGCGAAUCGGAGGUGUAUCCACAACAUCGUGUGCUCAAUGAGGACAAUACCCUGAAUCAAACCAUGCUUGAUGAAGUCGGCCCGCCAAGCUUUACAGCCACCUCUGCUGUCAAUUACGUAUUCAUCAACUUUGCUGUCACUGCCAGUAUCACCCAUGUUGCCCUGUAUUAUGGUAAAGAUAUUUGGCGUACGAUUCGCACCACACGUGAGCGCAUGAUGCUUAAACGACGACGCAAAAAGGAAGGUGGUGGUGUUGACAAGAGCAAAGACAUCACUCAAGAAACGGCUCAUCCUGAUGACGAUAUCCACAUGCGUUUGAUGCGGGCAUACAAGGAGGUGCCUGCAUGGUGGUAUUAUGGUUUAUUCGUUGCAGGGAUUGCACUUAAUAUUGGUAUCGCCUAUGCAAAUCAUAGUCAAUUGCCUUGGUGGGGCGUAUUGGCUGCUAUUUUGAUGUCAUCCGUGCUCUCAUUACCCCUUAAUCUCAUUACAGCCGUCACCGGCACAGGCUUCGGUCUCAAUGUGUUUGCCGAAAUGAUUGGAGGAUUUAUGCUACCAGGGCUUCCAGUCGCCAACAUGUAUUUUAAAACACUCGGAUUCAAUACCUUGCAUCAAGCCGGCUUGAUGGCAGGUGAUCUCAAAGUUGGUCACUAUCUCAAGGUCCCUCCUCGUAUUGUCUUUGUAAAUCAAAUCAUUGGUACCAUCCUUGGAUGUCUCUUUAAUUAUGUCGUCAACGAAAAUGUCGUGACUAAUGAACGCGAUAUCCUGCUUAAUCCCGUUGGAAGCAACAUAUGGAAUGGUGCCACCCCUCAGACUAUCAAUGCUGCUGCCAUCACUUGGGGAGCUAUAGGGCCUAUGGCCAUGUUUGGUCCAGAUUCCAAAUACUACAUUGUGCUAUGGGCAUUUGUUAUUGGGUUGUUCUUGCCUAUUCCCUUUUGGCUAUUACACAAGCGAUUCCCUCGUAUCCAAGGUCUUGGUCGUAUCAACGUACCCAUGAUUAUUGUGGGCUUGAGCACGUUGCCAGGUCAAGCAACUUCCUACAUCACCGUUGCCUUUUGUCUCGUGAUCAUGUCACAAUGGUAUCUUAGACGCUAUCGUCGCCAAUGGUUUGUAAAGUACAACUACCUCGUCUCCACGGCCCUUGAUUCAGCCACUUCACUCAUGGUGUUUUUUGUUGCAUUCGCAUUGCAUGGCGCUGCCAAUGGCGUUGUUCAUGAGUUUCCCAUUUGGUGGGGCAACAGACAAGAUGCCAAAUACGUAGACCAUUGUUGCAUGGAUUGCAAUAACUGA